AUGGCAGGUCAUUUGAAGUUAUAUCUCUUCGGAGACCAGACCUAUGAUCUUCAAACGCACUUGAAAGAUCUGCUUCAGAAGAGGAACAACCCCGUCGUCGAACAUUUCCUUGUCAGAUCCUAUGAUGCUGUACGUGCCGAGAUUUUCAAGCUUCCACCCUCUAUCAGGGAGGCUUAUCCGCGGUUCACAUGUGUCGACGAUUUGAUUAUGUGGAACCAAAAUGGAGAGAGACUUGUUCCUCUAGACAUGGCUGUUACUUCCAUCUAUCAGCUUGGGAUGUUCAUCAGUCAAUCCGAUCCUGGUGACUUCUUCGCAGGCAAGGCCCUUGUGCUUGGUCUUUGCACCGGAUCUCUAGCAGCCGCGGCUGUAGCAUGCAGCCACAGCGUUGUCGAUCUCGUACCGUUGGCGGUCAGCGCUGUUGUGGCAUCUUUCAAGACCGGUGUACUUGUCAAUGAAGUUGCCCACCGCGUGGCUUCACCACAAGAGUCAGAUCAGAGCUGGUCAGUCCUGAUCCCAGGAUCCAAGAGCUCUGAGGCCAUUCAUGAAUUCUGUGCACAAACUGCUAUGCCAUUGACGAGCAAGCCGUAUAUCAGCGCCUACUCUCCCAACGGUAUUACCGUUAGUGGGCCGCCUAAGUCCCUCGCGCACCUCAAGCAAUCCAAGCAGGGCAAGGAUCUGAUCUUCAAAGAGAUCCCCAUCUAUGCGCCAUACCAUGCGUCGCAUCUGUAUUCUAUGCUCGACGUCGCCGAUGUUAUUGGUGACCUUGCCUCUGAGGAGGUUUCUCAGUGUUUGGAACAAGUUCCGGUCUUUUCAAGCACCGGAGAGAAAUCCUCUUCACGCAAUUUUGGGUCGCUUCUGGAGUCUGCUGUGAAGCAGAUCUUGCUGCAGACCAUUAACUGGAGUGAUGUGCUCGGGGAGCUUCAGGCUUAUCUUCAAAGUGCGGCCCCGCAGUCAUUUAGUGUUGUCCCCAUUGGAAGCACAGCUCACCAGCUAAUCUACACUGCUCUAAAGCAAACCUCGCUACGGACUUUGGUGCCAUCUAGUCAGUCUCAGGAUGCAUCACCUUCUGCUCCUAUUGAUUUCAAUGGCUCUCAGGAGAAGUCCAAGCUGGCCAUCAUUGCCAUGUCAGGACGCUUUCCUGGAGCUAAAGACAACGAGGCAUUCUGGGAUGUCCUUUACCAGGGCCUAGACAUGCACAAGCCAGUCCCGGCUUCUCACUGGGACGUCAACACACACGUUGACCCCACCGGAAAGACAAAGAAUACUAGUGCAUCACCAUUUGGCUGCUGGCUUGAUGAUCCGGCUGGAUUUGAUGCGCGCUUUUUCAACAUAUCUCCGCGAGAGGCGCCUCAGAUUGAUCCCGCCCAGCGACUGGCCCUUAUGACUGCAUACGAAGCAAUUGAACAAGCUGGACUUGUUCCAGAUGCUACUCCUUCAACCCGACGUGAUCGUGUCGGAGUCUUCUACGGCGUUACUAGCAACGACUGGAUGGAGACGAACAGUGCACAGAAUAUUGACACAUACUUCAUCCCCGGUGGCAACAGGGCUUUCAUUCCCGGCCGGAUCAACUACUGCUUCAAGUUCAGUGGUCCGAGUUAUGCAGUGGAUACUGCCUGCUCAUCUAGCCUGGCUGGUAUCCACCUUGCGUGCAACUCGCUCUGGAGAGGAGACAUUGAUACUGCCAUCGCCGGUGGUACUAAUGUUCUGACCAACCCAGAUUUUACUUCUGGUCUUGACCGGGGUCACUUCCUUUCGCGAACUGGAAACUGCAAAACAUUUGACGAUGACGCUGAUGGCUACUGCCGUGGCGAGGGUAUCGGGACAGUUAUCAUUAAGCGGCUUGACGAUGCUAUCGCCGACAAGGACCCUAUUCUCGGUGUGAUCCUCGGCGCUUCCACAAACCACUCUGCCGAGUCGGAGUCUAUUACCCGACCUCACUCCGGGGCCCAGCGUGCAAUCUUCAAGAAGAUUCUCAACCAAGCCGCUGUGGAUCCAUACAGCGUUAGCUAUGUGGAAAUGCAUGGAACAGGUACUCAGGCGGGCGAUGCCGGCGAAAUGACCAGUGUGCUAGACACAUUUGCCCCGGCGCUCUCGGAGGUCCCCAAGGGCCGGACAGAAGAGCAAGCUCUUUACUUGGGCUCAGCAAAGGCAAACAUUGGCCACGGCGAGGCCGCCUCCGGUGUCUCGGCUCUGAUCAAGGUGCUCCUGAUGAUGCAGAAGAACAUGAUUGUCCCGCACUGCGGUAUUAAGACCAAAAUCAAUUCCAAGUUCCCGACCGAUUUGAAAGAGCGCAAUGUCAAUAUCGCGCUAAAGCCAACGGCGUGGGAGAGAGGUACCGACGCUUCUAAACCUCGUCGGGUCUUCGUGAAUAACUUCAGCGCAGCUGGUGGUAAUUCUGCACUCUUGAUUGAGGACGCCCCAGUCCGGAACAAGCUGCCCAUUACCAACCUUGAUCCCAAAACCGUGCAUCUGGUCGCGGUGUCAGCUAAAGCUGGAAAUUCUCUCCAGGGCAAUCUGCGCUCUCUCCUUGCUUACUUGAAGCAGAACCCCGAAGUCCCUCUGGGUGAACUCUCAUACACCACCACAGCCCGUCGGAUGCAUCAUAAACACCGUGUCAUGCUUGCUGGCUCAAAUAUGACCAAUAUCUGCACUCAGAUCGAGACUGCACUCCGGGACAGCCUAGGGAUGACCCGGCCAAAGAACGCCCCGAAGGUGGUUUUCACCUUCACUGGCCAGGGUGCCCAGUACCCGGGUAUGGGCAAGGACUUGUGUAAAACCUUCUCCCUCUUCCGCACUGAGAUCGCCCGACUCGAUCAGAUCGCGCAGAGUCUGGGAUUCCCCUCUUUCCUACCUGUCAUUCAGUCCGAUGAACCAGACAUUGGCACCUUCGACCCGACUGCCGUCCAGCUGGCCAGCGUCUGCAUGCAGAUUGCACUUAGCAAGCUGUGGGCAUCGUGGGACAUUUUCCCCACUGCUGUUGUAGGUCACAGUCUCGGUGAGUAUGCCGCACUGAAUGUCGCAGGGGUGCUCUUGGAUGCAGAAACCAUAUACCUCGUUGGUAAGCGGGCUGAGAUGCUCCAAGAGAAGUGCACACGCGACACCCAUUCCAUGCUUGUUGUGCGGGGAUCAGUGGAGCAGAUUACCGAGGUCCUCAAAGAUCAAGACUACGAGACAGCCUGCAUCAACUCACCUGUUGAGACUGUGCUUGCUGGAACAAAGGAGAAAGUUCUAACCUUGAAGGAAAUUCUUACAGACGCCGGCAUGAAGUCCACCCUGCUGAAGGUCCCCUAUGCCUUCCACUCCUCCCAGAUCGACCCCAUCAUGGCCGACUUUGCAGAUGUCGCCAAGGGUGUCACUUUCUUCAAGCCUAAGAUCCCAGUUUUGUGUCCCUUGGAGGGAACUGUGGCUACAGAAAAUGAGUUUACCCCUCUCUACCUCGCUCUUCAUGCCCGCAAAUCCGUCAAUAUGUUCAAAGCGCUCCAAGCUGGCUACAGCAGCGAUCUUCUGACGGAGCAAACUAUAACGAUUGAGAUUGGUCCUCACCCAGCCAUCUCUGGCAUGGUUAAGGCUGUUCUAGGUUCCCAGAUGAUCACUCUUGCCUCUGCACAGCGUGCCCAUUCAGUGUCCCAGGUCCUUACCACCGCAUUGAAGACUCUUUACACUGCAGGGGCCGAUAUCAACUGGGCCGGCUACCAGCGUGACUUCAAGUGCUUCCACAAUGUUCUUCGUAUGCCGGCAUAUAGCUGGGAUCUGAAGGAAUUCUGGUUGCAGUAUGUGAAUGACUGGUCCCUGCGCAAGGGCGACCCGCCUACGACAAUUACCGCUGGUCCAAGCCUGGAAAGCACAACCAUCCACCGCAUCGUGGAGGAGUCUGGCAACUCAGCCAAGACUAUGAUCAUCGUCGAGGCUGACAUUGCGCGCAAGGAUCUCAGUCCACUGGUCCAGGGCCAUGAAGUUGACGGGAUCCCUCUCUGCACACCAUCGGUAUAUGCGGAUAUUGCCUUGACUCUGGGUACCUAUCUAAUCAAGCGUUACCAUCCCGCCCAAGAGGACAAUCUUGUCGAUGUGUCGGACAUGACUAUUUCGAAGGCUCUGAUCUUGAAGAAUGGGGCAACAGAACAGCUUCUUCAAGCCCAUGGUGAGGCAGAUUGGGCAUCUCAAUCCGCGCUAGUCAAAUUCAUGUCAUUUGACAGCAAGGGAAAACUUCAGGAGCACGCCCGCUGUGUGAUCCGAUUCAAGGACCGCAGUCUCCAGGAGUCUCUCCAGAAUGCCGCCGGCGAAGUCAAAGCCAAGAUGCAAGCUCUGCGUGACGGUAUUGCUCGUGAGACAGCUGCCCGUUUCAACCGUCCCAUGGUGUAUCGCGCUAUCCGUCCUCUCGCUCGCUUCCACGACGACUACCGGGCCAUUGAUGAGGUUGUUCUCAACAGCACUACUUUGGAGGCUUCUUCGCGUCUCAGCUAUGGCACUGUCAAGAGAGGUGGUCAAUAUCACACGCACCCCGCCAUUAUUGACUCCCUCACUCAGUCCUGUGGUUUCACCAUGAACUGCAAUGACCGCACAGACCUUGACAACGAGGUUUUCAUGAACCAUGGCUGGGGCUCGCUCCAGCUCUUCGAGCCCAUUGACUUCGACAAGUCGUACACCACCUACACCCGCAUGGAGGAAGGUAAGGAUAAGUUGUGGCACGGUGAUGUUGUUAUCUUUGACGGUGACAAAGUCGUUGCUUUCUUCGGACAAAUCUCGAUCCAAGGCGUUCCUCGCCGGGUGCUCAAGGUCAUUCUUUCUCUCGAGAGCGGUGCUAAGUCGCAGAAGCCGCAGCAGCCAGCCAAUGCAAAGCCGGCUUCUACUCCUGCCCCAGCUCCAAUUGUAGCCAGCACCCCUGCUCCCCAGGCCUCUCAAUUCUUAGCAGCCUUGGUGAUUAUUGCGGAUGAGAGUGGCCUCAGUGUCGAUGACUUGACCGAUGGUACCGUUUUUGGGGAUGUUGGUAUCGAUUCUCUUCUAGGUCUCACCAUCUCAGCCCGCUUCAAGGAGGAGCUCGAUCUUGACCUUGACUUCAAUGCCUUUUUCUUUGAGUAUCCCACCGUCGGUGAUCUCAAGAGAAUGCUGGGCGGAUCCAGCUCUGGUUCCAUAAUCUAUCACGCACCAUCCUCGACUGUGUCUAGUGACGCUGGCAUGGAUACACCCGACAGCAUCGGAACAGGCGCUACCACGCCUAUUUUAUGUGAGAGCAAGGUUGAUAUAAAGCGUGCGCUGGAGAUCAUCUCCGAGGAAAGUGGUGUGGCCAUGGAUGAUCUUACUGAUGAUACAAACUUCGCUGAUUCAGGUGUGGACUCUCUUUUGUCUCUCGUCAUCGUGAGUCGGUUCCGCGAGGAGCUAGAUUUAGAUAUCCAACAUGAAUCUCUCUUCCUUGAAUGCCCUACGGUUGCCGAUCUGAGACAGCUAUUGGUGGGCGAUGUGACCGUCAAUGAACCUGUCGAGGUGAAGUCAUCAGCUUCUGUGCCUGCUAUUCAGCAGAUCAUUGAGCCUAACUUCAAGGAUGAGCAUCCCGCGCUUGACCCAAUUGCUCAGGCUGUUCGCAGGAAGGCCGUUACUGACUAUGUGGACAAAUACACUGCUGGCUUCUCUCUCCCUACCCCUUCGCCCUCGGCCAUUGCACCAUUGGCCAAUGAGAAGGUCGUCCUGGUGACUGGAGCAUCAGGUAGUUUGGGAAGCAACCUUGUUUACCAUCUCGCUCAGCUCCCAGACGUCUCAAAGAUUGUCUGUCUCAACCGCGAGAAUCGAGCUGAGCCCGAGGACCGCCAGCAAAAGGCUAUGCGGGGCAAGGGCAUCCGAUUUCCGGAGGCUCUCAAGCAUAAGCUUGUUGUGAUACAGACCGACAGCGCUAAGCCAAUGCUUGGACUUGCAAAGAGUCAAUACGACAAUCUCGCUGGCUCUGUUACUCACCUGAUUCACCAAGCGUGGCCCAUGAGUGCCAAGCGUGCGCUUUCUGGGUUCGAGUCGCAGUUCCAAGUUAUGCGCAACCUGAUUGAUUUCGCAUGCGACAGCAGUUCCCUCCGCCCUGCCUCCUUCAAAUUCAGUUUCCAGAUGGUUUCCUCCGUUGGCGUCGUGGGUCACUAUCGCCUCGGCGACAAGACGGAAAGAAUUAUGGUUCCAGAGGAGAGUGUCGAUAUCGACAGUGUCCUGACCAACGGCUACGGAGAAGCCAAAUGGGGUUGUGAGCUGAUGCUGAACCGUACAAUCCAGCAACACCCCGAUCAAUUCCGCACAAUGAUCGUCCGGUUGGGACAGAUUGCUGGAUCCAGUACCAGCGGCUACUGGAAUCCCAUGGAACAUUUCGGAUUCCUGAUCAAGUCAUCCCAGACUCUCAACGCCCUGCCUGAUGCUCCUGGUACUGUUUUCUGGACUUCAGUGAAUGAAAUUGCGGGCACUUUGUCUGAUCUUGUCCUUGCCGAGAACAAUCCCUAUCCAAUUUACCACAUUGAGAAUCCGGUUGGCCAGCCCUGGAAAGAAGUUAAUGCCAUCUUGGCUGAUGCUUUGGGUAUCAAGAACCUGAUUCCUUUCGAGGAAUGGGUUGCGCGCGUGAAGGCUGCACCUCAGCGGAAUAACCCUGCUUCUACCUUAUUGGAGUUCUUGGAUAGCAAUUACCUUCGCAUGUCUUGCGGUGGGCUUGUGCUGGAUGUUAAGAACACACUUGAGCAUUCCAAGACUCUUGCCGCGGUAGGACCUGUCAGUGAGGAGGUCGUGAGGAAGUAUAUUCAUAUCUGGAAGGAGAUUGGCUUUUUGAGCUCAUAA